CACAAUGCUCCGCUCGCGCCACCCUAAGGGCGGAGAGAAAGGACCGCUGCCGGGGCAGGCAUCCUCCGCGAGCUCCGAGAAGUGCGCGUGCGCACUAACCCAAGCGGGCCCUAGCAACCAGAGCAGUGACAGUAGCAACCGCCAGAAUGGCAAAAGCAACAACAAUCAAAGAGGCCUUAGCCAGAUGGGAAGAGAAAACCGGUCAGAGGCCAUCUGAAGCCAAAGAGAUAAAGCUUUAUGCCCAGAUUCCACCAAUAGAGAAGAUGGAUGCCUCCUUGUCCACACUUGCUAAUUGCGAGAAGCUUUCUCUGUCUACAAAUUGCAUUGAAAAAAUUGCCAACCUGAAUGGCUUAAAAAACUUGAGGAUAUUGUCUUUAGGAAGAAACAACAUAAAGAACUUAAAUGGACUGGAAGCUGUAGGGGACACAUUAGAAGAACUGUGGAUCUCCUACAAUUUUAUUGAAAAGUUGAAAGGGAUCCAUGUAAUGAAAAAAUUGAAGAUUCUCUACAUGUCUAAUAACCUGGUAAAAGACUGGGCUGAAUUUGUGAAGCUGACAGACCUGCCAUGCCUGGAAGACCUGGUAUUUGUAGGCAAUCCUUUGGAAGAGAAACAUUCUGCUGAGGGUAACUGGAUUGAGGAAGCAACCAAGAGAGUGCCCAAACUAAAAAAGCUGGAUGGUACUCCAGUAAUUAAAGAGGAUGAAGAAGAAGAAAACUAACACCAUAUUUUCCUCUUUGUGUUAACUUAUUUAAAUGUGAUAAGAACAGUAGAUAAGUUUUGUAUAAUUCUCUAUUUUAAAGAUUCUGUGUGGGACAGAAAGUUCUUAAAACAAUCUCAUUUCCAAUUUUUUUAAACCUAUUCAGUGUUGCUCCCCCAAACUACUAACACUAACUUUAUAUAGUCUACUUUUCUUUUUGGAAAUUACAACUUUUCCAUUUUUGUCUUCAUUCCCAGUUAUAUACUGUGUGGCCCUAUCUAUUGAAAUACAUAGACCACUCAUUUUAAUAGCAAAGGAACAAAUGUUGUUUAUUCAUUUGGUUAGUAAUUUUUAGGCCAGGGAUUUUAAAAGACACCCUUUUGAAUCUGUAGAAGGUCCCUCUCCUUAUAACUCAGAAGCACAAAUGUAUCAUGCCUUUGGUUCUUAAGGGAGCGUGCCAAUGGGAAAGAGUACCUCUUAGAAAUACGUACAACAGCAGUCCUAGAAGCAAGACUCAAAGUCCAGUUAGAAAAAGCUAUGGUUUAAAAGGAAGAAUUCAUAUCUUGGAGGCUGUCUAGCCCACAUUAUAUUGAUUUGUUUUUUUCAAAAAAUGUGUAGAUUGUCAACUGGAAUUUAGGUUGUGUUCACAUGCAUGGCCACUUGAGUCACCAUACAAUCAGUCAUUCUGUGAUCCAGAUCAGCAAUUAAAAUGACUGUUAUGGACCUCCUUUGACCAAGAGUGUUACUCAUGUGGACCUGUCCUGAAACACAUUUUUUGGUUUAUAGUUCCUUAUAGUUUAAAGUCAAUAACGCUAGCUUAAACAUCAACCAUUGAUAUGCGUCACAAUUUGACCCGAUGAUUUGGUCUCCUGUUCCUCUUAUGGUUAGAAGGGUACAGACUUGAAGACUGAGUUUGAUACUUCUUAAUAAAUGAAGGUUGUGUCCAAAUAUAUAUAUAUAUAUACAUAUAUAUUUCAAAACACACACACACACAUACAUAUAUAUAUAUAUAUAUAUAUAUAUAUAUAUAUAUAUGGAGAAGUUCUAAGUUGAACAGCUCAGAAAGUGUAUUGUGUAAGUGGUUGUGGAGGGAAGAAAGAGAUGUUUCAGUGUGGAAUCCCAGGCAAAUGGCAAUAUGUUUGAAGAUUACCUCGUAGGUGAAGCAUUGUAGAUGCUUUAACCUCUGAAUUGCAAAGCAAUAGUUAGAUGCAGAGAUUAAAUUUAUUAUGUAAGAAAAAAAAUUUUUUUUUGAAAAUGCAAGAUCAGUAACCAGAUGAAGUCCAUAACAGGUCAUGAGUGAAUCGCUAGUAGACUGCAAAAAAGAAGUCAGCGGCCUCCUGCCAAAUUGUGCCUAAAGUCUCUCAGCAAGAGACUAUUGAUUCUUAUUUCUCCAUCUAAUGAAAGAGGGGAAAGUCACUUUUUAAAAAUGAUUGCAUAAGUAGUCCUAGGUUUUAGAAAUCUACAGCUAUCACUUAAGAAUCACUUAAUUUCUCUAAGAGUCAUUCUGAUCAAAAGGGGCCACCGCUUUGACAAUCAACUCUAAAUCCAAACAAGAACACUUAGUCUAGCCCCAUUAGCUCCUUCUUUCAACCUGAUAGGAAGAAGCCUUUUCCCUAACUGGCUUUUACAUUCUAAGCCUUCAGCGUUUCUUUUGUGAACCACAGGCGAUGAGCCUUCAUGCUCCUUGGUGAUGUUUAAGGCCCACCCAUAAGCUCAGUGGGAAGGUGAUCUUGUAGUUUACACUUCAUCCAGUAGGCAAGCUUGAAGCCAUAUUCCUACAUAUGGGUAUAUUUUCUAAAAGUUACUCUGGAAGUGAAUAUUAUAGAAAAUGGAUGACUUUGUAUUGAAUUUAUUUAUGAAAUAGUUUAUAGUUUUAGUGUUUAAUUUUUUUUGAAUUCUGUAAUACAGACAUUAAUUUUCUCUUUUUCUUUUUCUUAAUGUCUUUUAAUCACUGGUGGUUCUCAGAGAAAUGUAAGGUGCUUUUCUGUGUCUGUUUUACACAAACUUCACAUUCAGUUGUAUUCAACAAAUAUUUGAAUGACUUCAAUGCAUCCCUGUUCCUAGAAUUAAAGUCAAAAUCCAUGCAACUAGAAAAUGGAAGAUUAGAUAUAUGAAGUUCAGUAUAGUCUCUCAAAGCAUUCCCUUAACAUCCUUUACUGCUGAAUAUUUAGUUUAUAUUUAAUGCCUUUGGUUUAUGCCUCUGAGAUUAGAAUUUGACCUACUUGAUAUGGACGAUUCCUGUGUUCCUAUGUUAGAGGAUCAUUUAAACUUCUCUUUUUUUUUCUUCCAAUACUGUGGAUUGAACCCAAAGUGUUUGCACUGAGCUACAUCCCCAGCCCUUUAUAUUUUGAGACAGGAUCUCACUAAGUUGCUAAGUUGUCCAGGCUGGGCUCAAACUUGUGAUCCUCCUCCUUUAGGCCCCAGAGUGCUAGGAUUACAGGUGUGCACCGCCUUACUUCUAUUCUUAUAAAUGAUGGUAGAGCUCUGGCAUCAGUCCAGUACUUUAAUUUUGCACAGUAAAUUUGCUUUUCAUCUACCAAGGAAUUCAACUUUCCUAUGUUCUCUAAUUCUAAGCCUAUGGCCAUAUUACCUAGCCAGGCUUGCAAGGUUCUUGUGUUCUCUGUUUAUAGGAUUUUGUUCCUUUUAAUCAGAGGUUCUCUACAUUGGCACUAUUUACAUAUUGGGCUAGAUAAUUAAUUGUUGUGGGAAACUGUCCUGUGUAGAUGUUUAGCAGCAUCGCUAUCCUCUACCAGGAGAUGCCAGUAGCUCCUUCUCCUCAAUUAUAACAACAGAAGGUGUCUCCAGACAUUGCCAUCUUACCCCUGAGGGAAAGAGUGGGAACAAAUUCUACCCUGGUGCUUUUGUGCCUCAGUGUUCCUUUUGCCCAGUGUCCAUAUAUUUUCACUGCAUACCUGUGUGCCAGUGGAGUUGGGUGAAAGAAUGUGAUGCAUUUAUAAUCAUGGAUGGAAGAAAAUGUUCAGAGGUAUUUCCCUUUUUUGUAAUUUUCUUCCUUUUUUUUUUUUCUUCAGUAUCGGGAAUCAAACUCAGGACCUUGUGCUUGUGAGGCAGGCACGGUGCCACUGAGCUACAUCCCCCCAGCCCUUUUUGUAAUUUUCUAAAUUACAAAAUUAAUUUUCUAAUUAGAAGUUAAUUUUCUAAUUUUUGUAAGUUUCACAUAGUAUUAGAAACUCAGGGCUAGAAGGAUAAACUUACGGUUUUUUUUAAGCAGGACUUCAAAUUUUAUUUCUUAACAUCCUUGCUUAUCUUAGGACAAUGUUUAUUAACCUACUUGUUACUAUCAAUAAAAUUCAACACUUUGGUAGAUUUUGCUUUGUCACUAAAAUUUAAUAUUUUGAAUAUACUUUAGAAAAUGGAUCAUCAUCAUUCAUUACCUAAUAUACAAACUUUAGCAGAUUGUGACAGUCAUUAAAUAUGGAAAAAAUAUUGUGUAAAGUGUAUCAUGUAUAAAAGUUAGCUGAUGUAGACAUUGAUUUUGAGUGUGAUCAGAAUGAUCCCUGCUCGUUAUAACUGGUCAAUAACUUGGUAUGCUUACUGAACCCAUUCCAUCCAUGUAUGAAGACAGUAUGAGGCACUUAGGUGUGGUUUCUGAGUAGAAUUUUCUUCUUAAACAGAUGCUUCUUUUGAUACUCUUUGCCAGUGAAUUGAAAAUGGAAUAAGGAGGAAUGGAAACUGAAUUGUGACUAUUGACUUAUUCUCAGAGUUGGUGAUGUAUAGAGUUGGAAUCUUCCACCUGGGUUUUUCUAAGGGCUAAAUGGAAAAGCAUAGGGCCAGCCCAGAAAGGUUUAAUUUAGUCACUCACUUUAGAAAGUUGUGGGAAGUAUCAAAGCAUCUAUCAUGAGUAGUGUCUCUCUGAGUUCAGCUGAAUCAUUUGUUCACUAGGACCUUAUACAUACAUAUUGGUAAAGGGAAAAAACUGCUAAACUGCAAGUUAUCCUUUACCAGAAAUUCAUUCUUUUGGCACACACAUUUAUUUUAUUUGGGCCUUUUAGUGUGUCUGUAAAAAUGAAACAAUAUUCAGUGUAGCAGAGUUGGUGCUUCUGACACAGCUAACUUGACUGUGUUCCUUUCUCUUUACUCUAGCGUGUCAUACUGUUUUCCUUUUGUAAAACUAUUAAAUAGGUGAAACUUAAGCAAUUAAGAGUUAUAUUUUCUGGGCUGGGGAUUUAGCUCAGUAGUUCUGCCGCCUGCCUCCAAAGCGCAAGGACCCAAGGUAGAUCCCCGGUACAAGAAAAAAAAAAAAAAGUUACAUUUUAAAAUCACUGAGUUUUUAGAAA